AUGAAUCCCAUAGAUGAGAGUUGUGAUCAAAGAAUCGACGUUUCCACUCAGCCAUUGAAAAUUACCUACGAUGCAGAGACUAUCAACAAAGUCGUGGAGAUAUUCAAACUGCCGUCUGAUACGUCACUAGAUCAAAUCCAAAUAGCUGCUGAAAACAGAUUGAAUAAAAUGAAGGAGAUGACAACUACUGGUCUCGCACAUGCUAUUGACAAACAAAUCUGCCUUAAUGUUAACAUUGAUAUACAAGCGCCUUAUAUAAUUAUUCCUUACGGAGGAAAAUAUACUGGAUCUGAAAAUGUCUUGGUCGCUAACUUAGGUCACCUGAAAAUAUUCUCUUUUGGGAAAAGAUCUUCAACAGCAGAUCUGAAGCGAUUACAUGAAGAAGGAAAAACACAGACAGAAAUUAUGGAGCACUUGGUGAAGCAUGCCUAUGACUUUAAGCUUGAAUUUAAGAAUCUGCAAAUAUUAAUGGCUCAGAGCGACGAAAAUUGGGAUGCAGCGAUCAAAAAUUCCAUGUCAACUGACAUGCAUCUGCUGAAUCCAUUGUCAAUAUCUUUCACGUACUCCAAAUGUGUGAUUUCUGACGAUCCUAAGUUACCCCAUGGAAAAGUGAAGGGGCAGUUGCCUUCCAUAGAUGUCAAGUUAUCAGAAGCUAGAAUUCUGAUGUUAUUUUCGCUCAUUUUCAGUAUCACUUGGCCUUCCAGUGAGGUUCAGUCAAAUGAAAUAGAAGCAAUUACGGUAUGUAAACAAUUAGAUCUUAUCAACUGUGUAUAUUCAGAUAGAAAACGCACUACUCAGUAA